AUGUGGGCGUCUAGUUUCUAUUUCGAACCUGAUUUUGGUGAGUCCCGGCACACGGCACUGCACACCCGACUCAUCUUUUUGUUAACAACCUGUCAUCACUCGUGCCUCCCCCUCCCUCCCCCACACACCCCCCCUCUCCCGCUGAAGCAGACGUCCUCGGAGCGCAGAGGGGCCUGGGAGGUGCAGCCGUCGCGUCAGGGAAACUCCUCCUACCUCAGCUCCCACCUGGCUGCAGACAGGCACGGGGGCUCAGUGCAGGUGGUGAGUUCCACCAAUGGGGAGCUGAACGCGGACGAGCCGGUCCACUCCAACGCACCGAUCACGGCCCACACGGAGGUGGAGGUGGUGGAUGAGGCCAAGUACGUACGCUUUACUCUCUCGCCCCCUGGUGACGAGGAGGUGUCACUGUGCUCUCCUCUCACUGUGAACCUGACUCAGCAACACGUCACAUGA